CUCGCUGUGUCCCUGAUGAACGUGGGUCUGUGCUCCCCUUACCUCCUAACCAGCUGUGCCGGCUCUCACGGCAGGUACCUGGCAAAGCUGUCUUCAGUGGGAAGCAUCUCCGAGGAGGAGACCUGCGAGAAGCUGAAGGGCUUGAUCCAGCGCCAGGUGCAGAUGUGCAAACGGAACCUGGAGGUGAUGGACUCGGUGCGACGCGGGGCCCAGCUGGCCAUCGAGGAGUGCCAGUACCAGUUCCGCAACCGCCGCUGGAACUGCUCCACGCUGGACACCCUGCCUGUCUUUGGCAAGGUGGUAACACAAGGGACGAGGGAGGCAGCGUUUGUCUACGCCAUCUCUUCGGCAGGGGUGGCCUUCGCCGUGACCCGAGCGUGCAGCAGCGGCGAGCUGGACAAGUGUGGAUGCGACCGCACGGUGCAGGGCGGCAGCCCACAGGGCUUCCAAUGGUCCGGCUGCUCCGAUAACAUCGCCUACGGUGUGGCCUUCUCGCAGUCCUUUGUCGAUGUCCGGGAGAGGAGCAAAGGGGCAUCUUCCAACAGAGCACUGAUGAACCUCCACAACAACGAGGCGGGGCGGAAGGCGAUCCUGAACAACAUGCGGGUGGAGUGCAAGUGUCACGGCGUGUCAGGCUCGUGCGAGUUCAAGACGUGCUGGAAAGCCAUGCCUCCCUUCCGCAAAGUGGGCAACGUGCUGAAGGAGAAAUUCGACGGUGCCACCGAGGUCGAGCAGAGCGAGAUCGGCUCCACCAAAGUGCUGGUGCCGAAAAACUCCCAGUUCAAACCGCACACGGACGAGGAUCUCGUCUACCUGGACUCCAGUCCUGACUUCUGUGACCACGACCUCAAGAACGGGGUGCUGGGCACCAGCGGCCGGCAGUGCAACAAGACCUCCAAGGCCAUCGAUGGCUGCGAGCUCAUGUGCUGCGGUCGGGGCUUCCAUACGGACGAAGUGGAGGUGGUGGAAAGGUGCAGCUGCAAAUUCCACUGGUGCUGCUCUGUCAAGUGCAAACCCUGCCAUCGGGUGGUGGAAAUCCACACGUGCCGGUGAUGCACGGAGGGGAGCAGCCAUCCCUUCCCCUCUCUAACUGAUCCUGCUUCUCUCUUGCCCUGUGGCCAGGACUGAGGAAGUGACCCAGACGCUGCAGGGAGAGCACAGCUCUAUACAGAGACAGAGCCCCGGAGGAAAACAGAUUUUAAAAGAAAGGAGCAAAAAAAUAAUAAUAAUAAUU